UUUUUUAAUAAAUAAUAAUUUAUAAUUACAACAUCAAGAAACAAGGUCGUGGAACUGAGUAGAAAAAAAAUAGGGGAAAAAUAAAUAAAUAAAAAUAAAUAAAUAAAAUAAAAUAAAAAUAAAAUACUUACUUACUCAGAAAAUAAAUAAAUAAAAUACUAAAUUAAUCAAAACAGUGUGGCAGCGUCAUACGCGUCAUCCUCGCCCGUGAUUCAACUCUCGCGAGAAGUGAACACUUCCGUGAACUGAACCCAGGUCAGUCUUCUCGUCCCGCUCCCUCAGCGGUUAUAAUGGAGCCGUUAAAUCACAACUGACGCGCGACCUGCCCGAAUGAAACCGUCCUCAGCAACGUGACGAAGGAAUCAUGGGACAGCGUUACUGUGGAAACGACGGUAACUUCUUUAGGUACGCUAGCAUGUUGAACACGGUUAGCUAACAAAAACGACUAGCUAGUGAACCGACGGUUUGUAACAUGUCCAGGCAGAAUAGAUAACCGCUUGUCUUGCCGUUGUUUGCAGUCACAUAGUUUAACGUUGAAGCUACGUGAUGCUAACCGCUCAUCAUCCUCACUAAUGUAACGCUAGUACAACAUAAUAACUAGCUUGGUUUUUGUCAUUGUACGACCAGCUCAAUGAGGACCGUUAGUUUACUGGCUCAUUAACCCGCAGCAGCAGAAAACAGUCCAAGAGUGCAUUCAAGAUGUUGCUCCAGCAUGGGUCAACACAGCUCCUCUGCCUCACAGCCAGCAGCGGGGUCCCUCUCUUCACCAGAGGAGCCUCCAAACAGCUGCCCUUCUCUGUCAUCGGCUCCCUGAAUGGUGUCCACAUGUUCGGGGGUGGUCAGGGAGUAGUGCUGUCCUGCUGUGAGACUGAAGGUGGAGGCAAAGUGGUGUGGAGAGUGUUCCAGGACAGUGUGAUGCUCAUCGCUGUGAGUGGAGGUGCACAAGGUGGUGCAGGCAGCAGCAGCAAAGAGGAGGAGGUCUGUUUACAGCGCCUCCUAGAGAAUGUGUGGAGCUGCAUGGUGCUGGUGUUGGGGCAGGAUGAGCUGACCAGUGUCAGGAAUGUUGAGAGGCUGAAGAGGGACCUGCGGUCCUGCUUCAGCCUCAUUGAUCAGCUGUUGGAGGAGAAGCAAGAGGGCAUCCUGGGUAAUCUGACCCACUGCGCUGACUCACUGCUGCCUCUGAGCCCCACUCUUGUUCAGGAGGCUGUGGAUGGCUUCGCUCAGGCUGCAGACAGUGAAUUUGGCUGCCUCAUGGUCCAUGGACGGAUAGCUGCAGCUACUGAGAAGUGGUGGCGCCUGGCACCACAGGAAGUUGUGCUGCUCUCUGCUUUGAUACGAUCCCUCUCUGCCUCUGGAUCAGCCUCUUGUGAUUACCCUGUUUUCCUUCCUCAGGGCAGCCCCACCGUGGCCCACCGCCUGCUCCGCUUCCAGCUGCUCCCUGGGGCGGAUGUGUGCGUGCUGUGCGGCCCAACCCCGUCACUGCACAGAGCUGAGAGUGGGUUAGUGGGUCGUUUUUGGACACCCCUGGUGGAGACCCUGAGGGACUGCCUGGCUGUUGGAGAGCGCUGCUUACCAGGAUCUGUAUCCCUGCGCCCUGAUGUGCUGGCACUUCUUCUCAUCAACCGUGAAACACGUCGCUCAGUCUCCUGUGUACGGACUUCCACUAAUCACCCACUCAGUGACCUCCCUUUACCCUCCAAGGCCCACUGCUGGGAGCUAUUGAAGCUCUUCUACAUCUUCAGCACAACACGCUACUUCAACCAGGAGGAGACGUCGUCCGUCUCCCCAGAUGAGAGUGCUCAGAGAGGAAACACUGACGACUUUGUCCUUGGAUUUUCUCACCAGCCACUGCAGUGCUAUCUGGUUACAGAGGAGUGCAAGAGCUAUGGACUUCAGACGCCACAGCACCAGCUCUUCCUGCUCACGCCACUGUCAGUGCCCACCUUUGCACUGAGUACGGUGGCCACACAGACUCUCUCUGAUAUAGUUGCAGCCACUGGGUUUUAAUUGAAGACUUUACUUUAUUACAACAUGUAUGAAACCUACCAUCUUUGACCUUACAGAUGGAUAGAUAUUCACCUGUAAGGUCAUUUAGCUGCUCCUAUUUAGAUUGUUCUAAUAUCUUUACUGAUCUAAAGACCUAAACAUCAGCCUCCAUCUUUCCAUCGUUUGUACAGACACUGGUGUGAGAUGCACAACAGAAAAGAAUAUCACUGUUGAUGGUCUCACUGGAUAUUUUUACUGGACUACUGCUUAAGAAUUCAACACUGGUGAAAAUAUGAAAACAACUGAAAGUGAACUUCUCUGAGCUUUGUUUUGCAUUCAAGAGAUAAGACACUUGCACAAUUGUGUCUAACUGCUCUGGCUUCAAGGCUGUCCCUGUCACAGUAAUAAAAACUGGUUAGACUUGAAUAAUAACAUUAUCACUAGGAUUGCACUGUGUUUCAAAAUGUGUCAGAGAAUCACAUGAAAAUGUUACACUGGGAUAAAUAAGUGCCUUUGACAUUUUGAAUCAU